GCUAAUCUUAGUAGUGUGCUGGCCGCAUCGCGAUGAUAAUACAUACGUCCAAUAUCAGUCAUUUUCAGACCCAAUGAUUUCAAUUCGCCUGAAUCUCAACACAAAUCGAAAUUCCCCUUGUUCACAAGCAUCUUAGCCCACUUAAGUCAAUCAGUGGUGUGAAUCGCAAUUCUUUUUGAGCCGUUGGACACCUUGGACUCUCCAACGUCCAAUUCCUGGGCAGAGCACAGCUGUUUACUCGCACGUGUUUGUGUUGGCUAGACAAAGAAAGAAAGACACAAGUAUAUAUAUGUAUGUAUUGUACAUAAUAUAUACCUAUACCUACAUACACACACGCAUCAAGCGCAUUUUAGGCUCGUCGAAGAAAAAAGAGCAAUACUUAUUUGGGGAUCGUGCCCGAGAACAACGAGAGUUUUGUGAAAAAUUAUAUGUGUAUACCCAGUGUACAAUCUUCAAAGUCUAACGCUCUCAAAGGCCAACAACAAACAACGACGACGACGACGACGACGAAGACGACGACAACCACAAAAAAGCUAAAUAGGAAUUUCCUUAGGUCUCUUCGAUCGCGCUGCCGUAUGAGUGAGUGUGCAGCAGAGAGUGCAUGCUGAAGUGUAUAGCACUAGCAGCAGCAGGAAGAAGAGGAGAGACUCAUGGCCGCUUCUGAUCUUCUGCGUUCUAGAGGAUGACCGAUGAUUCUCUUCGUCACCGAGACUGAGUAUAUUGUUACCCAGGGGCUUGUUAUUACACGGAAUCAUUAGGUAAAGAAGAAUUUAUCGCAUGCGAGUCUUUUCUCGCGUUAUUGAGUAACGUGUGUGUAUGUGUGUGUUGCGCGUAGUGUGUUAGACGACCGAGAUGACGAUUUUGUCGAAGAAGAAGCCAAACACGAACAAGGACAGGCGUGCCGACAGCUCGAGCAGCCCCGAGGUAGACGUCCAGGCUGAGCACGGCGCUCCUGGCUCUAUCGCUCUUCCCAAUAGCUCUUAUCAAGUUAGAGGAGGUAAUGGUUUCUCAGUAGACUUACAUGCAGUUCAAAAUGACCACAGUUCUAAUUCAUUAGUUCUUGGUGCUGGCAGCUCAUACGAGGCAAACGAUUGUCAAGAAGGACACUUUGAGGAAAAUGGAAACUCCAGUCAUGGAAAAAGACAUCGCAGAAGGGCAAGUCCUCAUAGUGGACACAGCAGAAGUUCACGUAAUAAAAGAGAACGUGAAAGAGAAAGAGGGCGCAAUACUGGAGCUGUCAGUGUAGAACUUGAAAGAGAAAGAGAACAUGAAAGACAAUCCACUCCACCUAUUGCUUCCAGCAGCAGUGGUACUUUGCCAGGUGGGGACAGUACUGUUAUGUCAAACAGUAGAAUGUCCAUGGUUGCUGCAGCUGCUAAUCUUGAAAGAGAACUAGCUAAUGGGUAUAACAGUGGUGAUGAAUAUACCGGCAGAACUGGAAAUAAUUUAUCAGCUACCGAGUGGCAAGAGCGUGAUAGGUGGUUUGAAAAACGAUUGAGAAAAAUCGGUUUCAACAUUAAAAAAAUGGGAGAAGAUGGAGCAUGUUUAUUUCGAGCUGUUGCUGAUCAAGUUUAUGGAGAUCAAGAAAUGCAUGGGGUCGUGAGACGGCAUUGUAUGGACUAUAUUGCUGGCAAUCAAGAAUUUUUCUCACAUUUUGUUGCUGAAGAUUUCACUGAAUACGUCGAUAGGAAAAGACAAGAAUACGUUCAUGGCAAUCACAUAGAAAUGCAAGCAAUGUCAGAAAUGUACAAUCGCAGUAUCGAACUAUUCUGUUACAGUACCGAGCCAAUAAACAUAUUUCACGGAGUUCAAAAAACUGACAAUGAACCUAUUCGGCUAUCCUACCAACGAGGCAGUCAUUACAAUAGCAUUGUAGAUCCUUAUAAAGCAACAGUUGGUGUUGGUCUUGGCUUACCAGCAUUUAAUCCUGGUGCUGCUGACAGAGCCUUGGUUUCCGAUGCUGUAAGACAAAGUGAAGACCUGCACAUAGAACAGACCAUGUUAGAAGACAAAAUCAAAGCAACUGAUUGGGAGGCCACUAAUGAAGCGAUCGAAGAGCAAAUUGCUAGAGAAAGUUAUUUGCAAUGGCUGCGUGAUAAUGAAAUGAGAAAAGCACGAUCUUCAAGCAGUAGCAGUUCGAGCACAGUGACGAGCGCUCAAAAUAGUCAUUUUCACUCUCAUAGCAGUCGCCCACAACAAAGAAGUCACUGUUCAUCUCCUACUACCACAAAUCAAUCAAACCAGGAAUCAAUACGCAACUCUCCCAAGUCAAACGAUAAUGCGCGUCAUAACAAAAGAUCACCACCACAUCAAUCAAGUUCUGGGGCCGCGUAUUACCCGCCUGAACACAAAGCUGCUUCUCCUGUACCACAAGAGCCAGUUCCCGGUAGCAGUAAAGAAACAAAUUCACUGCCGGAAAGUUCAUUUUUUAAUCGGCUUCCUCCAGAAGUGUUCGGUCUAACUGAUUGGGAAGAUAGCGAUAUUUUAUCAAAGGUGCUGGCAACUUCACAGCAGGAGUAUCUAGAUAGUCUAAAACAGUCACGCAACGUGGAGAGCGAUUCUAAUGACAAAACGGAGCCCGCGAAUAGUUGAAUAAUGUACACAACGCGACGAUAUAAAUAUAUAUAAAUUUAUAAAUAUAUACAUAUGUAUGCAUACAAAUAUGUCUUCUCGUUUCAAGAGAAGUCAAUUUAAGAGAGAAAAAUUCGGAUUAAAGGAUGUAUACAUUUUUACGUAAUAGAACGGAAUCUAUUGCAAACGUCUUAUCUUAACGCUCUUCAUAACAUGCGUUGUAGUUCCCACUCAUUAUUUUCGAUGAACUCCCAAUUGCUCUUUCUUUUUUACUUCUCGAUUUUUGUAUAGGAUAAAAAAAACCUACGUAGGGCGAUCUAGGUAGAUUGUUUUGUUGAUUCCCUGAUAAAAUUUCUCUAUAAAUGUAUUCCUUC